UUCUGUUUAUCGGUUGUAUGCUCCAUUAGCUCGACCUGCAAUGCCGCCGCGACAGGUUACAAAGCUGCCCCCUGCCGAAGAGGGGGAGAAGCCAGUGACGGUUCUCGUGACAGGCUUUGGUCCUUUCCUCUCCAGCCACGCCAAAAACUCCUCCUGGGAGAUCGCUUCCAAGCUCCCUGCCAUCAUCCCGGCCUCCUCAUCGAACAAAACACCCAUCCACAUCUGCGUACAUCACGAACCCAUCCGCGUAUCCUUCGCCCACGUCCUCAAUCUACGUCCUAAAAUCCUUCCCCCAUCCGCCCCACUCCGCCCCGCACCAGAUAUAGUCCUACACAUCGGCCUCGCCGCCGGCCGAAAGUACUUUGGCCUAGAAAAGCAAAGCCACAGCAAAGGCUACGGCUCCAUCCCGGACGUCGACGGCAAGAAGUUUCUAGACGAAAGCGCAGAGGAUCUGCACCCGUCUUCGCAGUUCCCCGCAACUUUGACUACGAGCUUCGACACCGACGAUGUGCUGAAACGGUGGAAAGCGCACAUUAAGUACGCUGCCGAAGACGCCGCGGAGCCGGAUACCCGCGGGUUUCCGGAUGUGCGUGUUAGCUAUGAUGCAGGAAAUUUCUUGUGCGGCUUCAUAUAUUAUUCUUCGCUGGCACAUUACUUUGAGAUCAAGCAGGAUGAGCGGCCGGUGGUGUUUUUGCAUGUGCCGGAUUUGAGUGGGAGUCAGGAUCGGUUGAAGGAGGGGUGGGAGAAUGUUAUUGCGCUGAUCAAGGCCCUUGUUGAGAGUCGGAGGGAGGUUGGGGUCGUGGAUGGGGCGAGGAGUUUCAAUGGAGAGGAAGAUGGAGGGGAGAAGGUAGUGACUGCGCGGACAGAUAACAACUUUGCGUAGGCAUGGUGGUUGUUGUCGGGUCAAUAUGUAACUACUAGUUUCCACGUUUCUGGGAUAAGUGUGAACGUUGUAAUGGUGUUGAAUGCAUGUGCGUAUGAAGAUGGACA